CUUUCUGAUGUUGUUCUUAGAUUGCAAAAAAUCCCCAAUUCUCAGAAGGAACCCUAUUCUGAUGCUCGAUUAAUAAUUCCAUAUGAAUGGGAAAUGAAAAACGCGAACACCACUCCAGUCGCCGGAACAAAUCCAGUUCCGCCGCCGUCCGCCGCGGCUGAGGACGACGACGACAAAGCCAGGUGCGACUGGAAUUUCAACCUCUCCGCCGUUGUCGCCGCUUCUCCGACGGGAUCCUCCGACGCCAUUGGAGUCGUCGAGUUCGACCACAGGAAUUCCCUCUUCGCCACCGGCGGAAUCGCCCGGAAAAUCAGAAUUUACAGCCUGCGGAAAUUAGUCGGAGAACAUUCCGGCGAGAGGAAUACGACCGAAACGACGUCGUUUUUAGACCACACCGCUGCAUGCGAGUACUAUAUCUGUACGCCGGCGAGGCUCAGCAGCCUGAAGUGGAAGCCCGGGUCGGGUUCCCGGGUCGUCGGAUCCGGGGACUACGACGGCGUGGUGAUGGAGUACGACCUGGAAAAACGGGUCGCCGUAUUCGAGCGGGACGAGCAUGGCGGGCGGCGGGUAUGGAGCAUGGACUAUUCGUAUUCGGAUCCAAAUUUAGGCGGGUCCGGGUCGGACGACGGGACCAUGCAAAUGUGGGACGCCCGUUGCGGGGGCUCGCUCGCGCCGGUCCGUCCGGACCGGGCCGGUGCGAGCCCGGUCUGCAGCGUGGAAUUCAACCCGUUCGGCGGGCAUCUCGUGGCCGUCGGAUGCGCGGACAGCAGGAUCUACGGCUACGAUUCGCGGAGGGCGGCUGAGCCGGUUUUCGUGCUCGGCGGCCACCGGAAAGCCGUGACGUACACGAAGUUUCUCGACGGCGGGACGAUCGUGUCGGCGGCGACCGACGGGUGUCUGAUGAUGUGGCAGUCGGAAAAUCAGAGCCGUCCGAUUAGGACGUACAGAGGACACGUGAACAGCCGGAGAUUCGUGGGGCUGUCGGCUUGGAGAGACGGCGGCUUGUUGAGCUGCGGCUCGGAGGACAACAGAGUGUUUGUGUACGAUAAGAGAUGGGGCGACCCGAUUUGGGUCCGCGGGUUCGGGGAAUCGGCGGCGGCGGAGGACGGCGGCCGGAGUUUUGUGAGCGGCAUUUGCUGGCGGCAGAGCGGGGAGGAGCGGCGGUGCACGCUGGUCGCCGGCGGGUCGGACGGCGCGCUGCAGGUGUUUGAGGGGGAAGAAAGGAAGGGAUAGAACAAUUUUUAUUUUUAUUUUUAUUUUUUUGAGGGGGAUUUAAUUAAUUUAUUAUUGCAAUCAAAACUAAUUAAAAUUGGUUGAAUUGUUACUUCAAAUUUUUAACUGAAUUGAAUACAGUGACAGAGUGUCUUGUGGUC